UUUGAAGGCAACCACAAAGCUAAAGUGACCCCUGGUGAAAAUGAGUUUGACACCCCUGGACUAGGGUGUCUAAACCCCAUAAUAUCUUUAUUCUUACCUUCCCUGACUGCACAGUAGCUUACAUGACACAAUUGACCAGAUUCUUUUUGAAACACUUCCUUAUUUCUUGACAUUCCACUCCUGGUUCUUUCUCUGAUUAUCUAGUUCUUCAGUUUUGUUAGCUGGUGUUUAUUUUACUGCCUGUGUCCUCUCUACCAAAACUUAGUUGUUGAAAUUCCUGUAACUACUGAGACAUUUCGACUGAACAAAGUCUAUUAAUAAUACCACUGAUUAAAACUAUACACUUUUAAGGCAGCUGAAGUUAACACAAGUGCAAAGAAUAUUAGUAACUAUUGUGUAAUGUAUUUUUUAAAAUCUUAGAUUCUUGCCUAUAUUUCAAAUAUACAUCAUUUUGGACACAGGAUACAAUUUCUGCCAUUCUGGAAGGUCAGCCUAUCAACCAAUCAGUUGAUAAGAAUUUCUGAAACUUAUGUUUGUAUCUUAAGAACCAUAUGAAAACAUGGGUUCUCAGCUGGGAGAGACAACAUAGGUUGGAGAAGUAGGACUACUUAAGACAAAGUCUAAUGUAAGACUCUGCAAGAGUCUAAUUCUAAAUUGUGAGGUUAGUAGUUUAAGAACUAAUGGUGUGUAUUACUCUUGGAGAUGUUACCUUUUUUUCCCUUUGCUUUUCUCCUAGCACCUUGUUCUUUGUUUACUCUGUAUCUUCUGGCAGAAUGAGCACCCUAAGUACAGGACUCUGCCUAAUUUAUGUUUUUCUUAUGGUUCUCAGCUGCUGGGUUUUGUCCACCUAUUUAUGAGUUCUGGCCCUGUCAGUUAAAUACAAGAUUGACACACUGAGCCUUAGUUUCUGAUCUAUUACAAAGGAAUGCUGAUGGUAAUAAAAAUAAUAAUAGUUGUUUUUCAAAUUCUGUGUCAAGGACAUGCCAAAUUAUAUUUUGGUAAUAGCUACAGUAAUUAGUAGCUUUGAAGUAUGAACUUUGGUAAAUAACUUUUUUAAUCUCUUCUUACUUGUAAAUUUAGCUUAAUGACGUGACCAGUUUGAAACAACUAUAUGUGCUAAAACAGUGGUUCUCAAAGUGUAGUUCUUGGACCCCAGCAUCAACAUCACCUGGAAACUUGUUGAAAUGUGCAUUCUCAGACCCCAUCCCAGACCUACUGAAUCAGAACCUCUGGGAGUGGAACUGGCAAACUGCUUUAACAAGCACACCAGCACAUUCUAAUGGGCCAGAAGUUUGAGAACCCCUGAACUAGAGAACCUCAACUUUAUACAGGAUUGGGCAAAAAAUGGCAACAUGCUUGCUUAACACUGAAUUCUGUGCAAGAAAGAAAAAAUUUAAUAUAUUCCUUGCCAACAAGUGGUGGAAAAACCCUCGUGGCUGAGAUUUUAAUGCUACAAGAACUGCUUUGCCGGCGGAAAGAUGUUUUAAUGAUCCUACCAUAUGUGGCAAUUGUCCAAGAAAAGAUUUCAGCUUUGUCAAGCUUUGGUAUAGAACUGGGUUUCUUUGUUGAAGAAUAUGCCGGAAGCAAAGGAAAAUUUCCUCCUAUUAAAAGAAGGGAAAAGAAAUCACUAUACAUUGCCACUAUUGAAAAGGGACAUGGUCUGAUCAACUCCUUGAUUGAAACUGGAAGGAUUAACAGUCUGGGUCUGGUUGUUGUAGAUGAGUUGCACAUGAUUGCUGAAGGAAGCCGUGGGGCUGUACUGGAAAUGACCCUAGCAAAAAUCAUCUACACUAGCAAAACAACUCAAAUUAUUGGUAUGAGUGCAACAUUGAACAAUGUUGAAGACCUGCAAGAAUUCCUUCAAGCAGAAUAUUACACCAGUCAGUUCAGACCAGUUGAAUUAAAAGAAUAUCUGAAAAUAAAUGAUACAAUAUAUAAGGUUGACAGUAAAGCUGAGGCUGGCAUGACAUUUUCACGUCUCCUUAAUUAUAAGUAUUCUGAUGCUCUGAAGAAGAUGGAUCCUGAUCACUUGGUAGCGUUGGUGACAGAAGUUAUUCCCAAUUAUUCCUGCUUAGUUUUUUGUCCCACUAAGAAGAACUGUGAAAACGUAGCAGAAAUGAUAUGCAAAUUUUUAAGCAAGGAAUAUCUGAAACACAGGGAAAAAGAAAAACAAGAGAUGAUUAAGAACUUGAAGAAUAUCAGCAAUGGCAACCUGUGCCCUGUUUUAAAGUGCACUAUCCCAUUAGGAGUUGCUUAUCACCAUAGUGGUUUAACGAGUGAUGAAAGGAAGCUCUUGGAAGAGGCCUAUUCCACCGGAGUUCUCUGUCUUUUAACCUGCACAUCCACCCUAGCAGCAGGUGUUAACCUACCAGCUCGAAGAGUUAUUUUGAGAGCCCCCUAUGUUGCUAAAGAAUUUUUAAAGAGAAAUCAGUAUAAACAGAUGAUUGGCAGAGCUGGCCGUGCUGGAAUAGAUUCUGUUGGGGAGAGUAUCCUUAUAUUGCAAGAAAAAGAUAAACAACAGGUAUUGGAGUUAAUAAGCAGACCACUGGAAAAUUGUUACAGCCAUCUUGUUCAAGAAUUCACCAAGGGAAUCCAAACUUUGUUUCUCUCAUUGAUUGGUUUGAAGAUUGCAACAAAUCUUGGUGACAUAUAUCACUUUAUGAGUGGUACAUUUUUUGGUGUCCAGCAAAAGUUUUUGUUGAAAGAAAAAAGUCUCUGGGAAAUAACUGUUGAAUCACUUAGAUACCUGACAGAAAAAGGACUCCUACAAAAAAACACCAUUUUUACAGAAAAAGGACUUACACAAAAAGAUGCUAUUUAUAAGUCUGAAGAAUGGUUCCAGUUUAGUUUUCAUAUUACAAAGUUGGGACAAGCUUCUUUUAAAGGAACUAUAGAUUUGGCUUAUUGUGACAUUUUAUACAGAGAUUUGAAGAAAGGUCUUGAAGGCCUUGUACUUGAAAGCCUUCUUCAUCUAGUUUACCUAACCACUCCCUAUGAUAUGGCUUCUCAGUGUGACCCUGAUUGGAUGAUAUAUUUCAGACAGUUUAACCAACUCAGUCCAGCAGAACAAAAUGUGGCUACUCUUAUUGGAGUCUCUGAAAACUAUAUUGGGAAGAAGGCAUCAGGUCAAGCUAUCAAGAAGAAGGUGGACAAGGAUAUUGUGAACAGACUAUACCUGUCUUUUGUUCUUUAUACCUUGCUCAAAGAAACCAAUAUUUGGAGUGUGUCUGAAAAAUUUAAUAUGCCUCGAGGAUAUAUACAAAGCCUCCUCACUGCAGCUGCCACCUUCUCAUCUUGUGUGUUACAUUUCUGUGAGGAACUUGAGGAGUUUUGGGUUUAUAGAGCCCUUCUGGUAGAACUUACCAAGAAGUUGACUUACUGUGUAAGGGCAGAACUAGUCCCGCUCAUGGAAGUGACUGGAGUUUUAGAGGGUCGAGCAAAACAGUUAUACAACGCAGGUUAUAAAAGUCUAACACACUUAGCUAAUGCAGAUCCUGAAGUGCUAAUAAGGACAAUUGAUCACUUAUCAAGACACCAGGCCAAGCAAAUUGUUUCAUCAGCAAAGAUGCUGUUGCAUGAAAAAGCAGAGGCUUUGCAAGAAGAAGUAGAAGAGCUAUUGAGGUUACCUUCUGAUUUCCCUUCCAUUGAAAAGGCAUGAAGCUGUCUGAUGAGCAUUUUCAAAUAUGAAUUAUUUUUUGUACAUAUGUUUUAUUAAAGGUUCCUCAUAGUUUAUAAAUGAAAAAAUACAUUUUAAUUAUACAUUCAGAACUGUGGAUGAUGUUUGAAUAUACCUGUCACCCAUAAUUGCAGUAACCUUCCCAGUAAUAAUCCAUCUUACUCAAAUCUUAUACAUGAUCCAGUAUCUGUGUUCAAAAAUGAAACCCAACUUCCUCAACCUUGCUGCAUCCUACCUUUGUAGACAGAUCUUUCAUCAUCUCUUACUCAUUUCUUUUAUCAAACUGAACUGUUUAAAAUUCCAGAAUUUCCCCUGCAGUUUCCAAACCCUUUAUUUCCUAACUUCUUUAUUCUAUUCCAAGUGCAUAGAAAAUUAUCUUUAAAAUGUGCUACAUACUUCAACUAUCAACUAAAAAUGCUCAAAUUCUGUCUCCUGUAUGAAAAAGUUCAAGUUUGUUCUCAUUCCCACUCCAUACAUGAGUUCUUGCACUUCUGUAAGUAUUAUGAGCCCUUCAUUUAUGCCUAUGUAUUUUUUUAUAGUUUUCCAAUGAAUAUUUAUUAUUAGUUAAGUCAUGAUUCAGGAUGCCAGGGUGUGAUGUGCCUAGAUCCUCCUUCACCAUCCUGGGAGAAGAAUGGAGAACAGAGGAGAAGUGGGGUGGAGCCAGUUGAAUUCUUUCCUUCUGCAUGGCAGUCAUCUCAGUGGGCCUUCUGCAUGGCAGUCAUCUCAGGCGCACACCUGGGAUGUGGACCAUUUGCACAUGGAAACAUCAUCCCCUUUAAUGGUCAUUGUCUUCUUGCAACAGCAGAAGUCCAGGUAGUCCUGCUAGCAGUUCCUUGUCUGGUAGUGGUUGGGAAAACAGCUGUCAAAAGGGACAGUCAUAAUUCUAGAUUUGGUCUUCUUGUCUUCUGCCACAUUGCUGACUCCUAAAAAUGACCUGAAGCAGCUUGCAGUUCAAUGUGACCUUCAGUGAAGACCAGCCCAUGUCUUUUUAAAUGCUAUUAGUUUCAAAUCUCCUGGAAAGUGGAGACCUUUUUUAUCAUCUUUGUAUGGCACAUAGUACCUACCACAAUUUACUGUAGAAAGCAGGAAACUUUGUGAAGAAUUAAAACUACUCAAGUGAAUAAUUUAAAGAUUCUCUUCAAACACACCUAAAUAUUGCCUCUUCCCACUCCCUUUUCAGAAUUAUAGUUCAAAUGUAGAUGACAGGUUAGCUACAGAAAAAAAGGGUAAUAACUACCAAUAUUGAUUAAUACUGAACUAGCUUACUUAAAGUCUUACCUGUUCAGGACAUCCAUUGAAGACUUUGCAAAUAGAUUCAGUCUAAGUUCUUCAUGCCUUAACAUUUUCUACCAUUAUAAUGUAGUAAUUUACCUUCCAAUUUCCAUGUACCAGGCACUAUUAUAUGUGCUUUAAAUGACUAAUUUAGUCCUUACAACAACACUGUAAGGCAGAUACUAUUAUCAUCCCCAUGUUAUAGAUAAGUAAACUGAAACAUAGAGUAAUUAAAAUAACUUGCUAUUUUAUCAAUUUUUGCUCUUCCUAUUUGGUACCUUCUACUUUUUUUGAGUUCAGUAUGUUGCUCCUUUUCUAUUUACUUAUGCAAGGUGUUUAGAUAAUUUUUUACCUGUUUUUUUUUCUACCAUGUAUAUUAAAGAUAUACAUUUCUUUAGAAAUUGCAUUUAGAGGCAUCCUAAAAUUAAUAUGUUACACUUUCAUAUUUAUCCAGUCAAACAUUUUGUAUUUUAAUAUUGAUAUUUUUAACUUCCAACUAUUUGGAGAUUUCCUAAGUAUAAUUUAGUUGCUCUUUCAUGCUUUAGUUAAACAAAGAUCAAAAGAGAUAUCCUUAAAAAAUAUUGUCUUUUGAAAUUUGUUAAGAUUUGCUUUAUACUCUAGCAUAUAGUUAUUUUGGUAAAUAGUCCAUAUUUUUAAUGUU